GGAUAUGAUGGUGAGACCGGCGGGAGCGGCAGUGCGGCGCCCCGACCCUCCGCGCAUUUCCAGAGUGGAUUUCACCGUGGAAGGACACAGUGCAGGCAGUCCAGUGGAUUAUCCCUUAAGAAUGCCUGAUAUGGAGAUUUGUGCGGAGUGUCAUAGACACAUAGAGGAUCAAUACGUUCUUAGAGUAGGGGACAGUUCACUUCAUCAAGAGUGUUUAAAGUGUGCAAGCUGUAGAACACCGCUAACAGAUUCUUGUUUUUCUAAAUUUGGACAGUUUUAUUGUAGACAAGACUUUUAUAGAAUGUUCGGACCCCGAUGUGCAUCUUGUCAACUAGUGUUCACGGAGACAGACAAGGCUAGAAAAAUAGGAGAAUCUCUUUUUCAUACUCAUUGUUUUACAUGCAGAGAUUGCUCUGCUAAUCUGACAGAGGGAGACAAGGUGGGUUGUGAUCACAGAGGAAAUUUGUUCUGUGAGAUAGAUUACAUCAAACAUAGCAACAGUUCAGAAACUAGUUCAGACGACACCAGCCAGUACUUUGAUCUGGACAACAGUAACACACGGGGUAGUGACGAGCUGACCGUAAAGCGUGAGUCCCAAACUCCAGACUUAAACAACUCCGACGAUGAUGCUGAUUCUAAGAUGGAUGGUGAGAUUGGGAAGGAUGGGAAGAGACGAGGCCCAAGGACCACCAUUAAAGCCAAACAGCUUGAAGUGUUAAAAACUUGCUUUGAUCAGAAUCCGAAACCGACAAGACAAGUGCGGGAACAAUUAGCUAAAGAGACAGGGUUACCCAUGCGUGUGAUCCAAGUCUGGUUCCAGAAUAAGCGGAGUAAACAGAAGAGAAUAAACCAAAUGCAGUUUAUAACUGGUCACCGAUUCCCGCCGCACAUGGGCAUGCCCUUCCCGCCGCAUCCCUGGGGACCGCCGGGUCAUUGUUUCCCUCCGGGAGGAAUGCCGGGAGAAUUCCCACCUCCACCCCAUAUGUUCCCUCCGAACUUUGAUCCCUCCUGCGGUCCCCCUGGACCCCCUCAUCAUGAGUAUAGUCCCUAUCCUCCCUACUCUGGUCCAGAUUAUCAUGAUCAAAGUGGACGCAUGUCUGAAUCUCCCAACCAUUGUUAUCCAUCUCCACCGACCCAAUCUAGUGAUUUCCAAGGGGUGGACUACCCCUCUCCCCGGGAGUACCCCCCUGAGCCCUGCUAUCCCUCCCCGCCCCUGGAUUUCUCCUGCCCCCCUGACUACCAUGAAGAGGAUGUCAGGAUAAAACAAGAACUAUCUACACACUAGAACCCUCAUAACCUAUACCCUGUUAGGCAAAUAGUACAGGCUGUUCAUCAAAAUUAAUCCCAACAUUUUUCUUGAACACCCUGUAGUUGCAAAUUGCUGUUCCUAUGUGUCAUUCUCUGUUGUCUGUGAUAAAUAAUUGCUGAAAAUAAUUUAACUUAUAUGAAUUUAAUAAAGAAUUAAUGUGA